UAUUGCUGAGACACUUUGUCGUCGGUGAUUGCACCAAGUGUCGUCAGUAGUCCAAACUCUCGAAACAUCAGAUCCCCCAAACUAAGAAGACUGUCGUUUCAUCAAUAAUUUUGACAAGAAAACACCACCCAAUUCAGAGCUGUUCAUCUCUUUAAAGUCAUUUGAGUUUGUGGAAAUUUGAGCUGGUGGGUUAAAGUUGAAGUCUUGGUGUGGAAACCAUGGAGAAUUCACACGAUUUGUGCUGCAUAGAGGAGGAAGAUGAGAAUGGUAGGAAGGCCAUGACUUCCACUUCUUAUCCCGCCGGCGCCUCUGACUUCCGAUUGUUUGGCCGGCAAGGCUCAGUUCAUGAUUGCUUUGGUGGUGGCCAAGCUGCUGAUGUUCUGUUGUGGAGACGGCGGCGUGUUUCUAUCGGUGCUAUUGUUGCUGCCACAGUCUCUUGGCUUCUGUUUGAGCGAUCUGGAUUAUCAUGCUUAUCAAUCUGCUCAGAUAUCUUGCUGAUUUUGGUUGUAUUGCAAUUUCUUCGAGCCAACUAUGCUGUUUUCCGAAAUAAACAAUUGCAAGCAAUACCAGAGCUAGUGGUAUCAGAGGAAAUGGUUAACAAUGCCGCAGCAUCAUUUCGUGUUAAAAUCAACAACGUGCUGCUUAUGGCUCAUGACAUCACUAUAGGAAAAGAUUUUAAAUUGUUUUUCAAGGUUGUGGUUUGUCUGUGGCUCAUGUCUGUCAUUGGCAGCUUUUUCUCUUUCUUCACGCUUGCUUAUAUUGGUUCAGUCCUGUCCAUAACAAUUCCUGCCUUGUACAGCAAAUAUGAAGGGACUGUGGAUAAGUAUUGCGGAAAGAUCCACCGGCAAUUUUCAAGGCAUUAUAAAAUCGUGGAUGAAAGUGUUUUUAACAGACUUCCCAGAAAUACAUCCAAAGACAAAGACCCUUAAUGCAGAUACUUUAGAUUCAGACUCCAAAAGUAAUAGAUAUGUUGCUGCUGUGUUACAGACUCCCCAUUCAAGGCUUACACUGAGUUUCAAUCAUUUUAGGUGCAGUUGUUCAUGUCCAGUCAUUGAUGUGUUGCUAUCUAAUUGUUUGACAAGGAUGUAAAACUUUAAGGGUCAUCCGAUGAGUGCAUUCUUCAGCAUAUUAUCGGUUUUC